AUGGAGAACGACACGCCCUGCACGGUGUGCACAGUCAAAGGCUAUAUCGAGAACAGCAACCUCUCCGGCGAAGAAUGCCCAAGUCCCCAGUUUGACGCGUGCGAUCCUUGUCCAGGAUGCCGGGAAAUCUCCUCCAUCGACGCUCAAAUCGCCCAGGCUCGUGUCCUCCUCCAAAACCUCUACCUCAAACGUUGUGACGCCAAACUCAUACGAAACAAACACCACGACCAGCUCGUCCGCCGGCUCCCGGUGGAAGUCGUAUCCCGUAUUUUCAUUCACUGCCUUCCUCAUAUACCACCACCACCGUUCUCGCUCUCCGAAUAUGAUGGCCGCGGCAAACGCGAGGCACGGCCUGAGCGCCGCAAGCUGGUCGGUCUUUUCCUGGCGGCCAUCUGCCAACGCUGGCGCCAAAUCGCAUUCGCGACGCCCCAUCUCUGGACCGUCGCACGCGUCAAGAUAUCACGCCAGACUAUUGCUCUGGAUGCCAAGCUGACGUCCGAGUGGCUGCGACGCUCCGGCCGCCUUCCCCUCUGGUUGGACGUUUACGAAGACGAGGAGCAGACGAACUCUCUUAGGCGCUGGAGGCGGCACGGUGGCAAACCUCCCGUUAAGUUCGACCCCACACCCAUCUUCGACGCUUUAAAUCCCCAUUUAUCCCGCGUGGAGGUAUUGGAAGUGCACACCGAGAGUAAGUACCUCGCCCUUCUGCACGGCGAAGCGCCCAUCCUCUCCCAACUAUACCUAUCUCUUAACUCUUGGGAGGUUGAAUCCUCCUCGACCGCUCUACGCUUCGCGGGCACCGCGCCGAGCCCACAACGAGUCAUCCUCCGCGAGGCACCCUCUUCGGCCGUCUGCAUAAACUGGGCGUCGCUGACACAUUUCGAGGCUCUCUCUCUAACCCUCGACGAAUCCCUCCUCCUGUUGCAGAGCUCGCCCCUUUUAACGUACUUCAAUCUCGGGAGCAUCUCCAGCACCAGCACUCCCACCUUCGCCACAUCCUCCACCUCCGUUGUCACCCACCCACAAACCACCCUCGCUGCCCUCCAUACUCUCAUCGUCACAACAAGCGAGUCAGAACUACUCUUCCCCCACCUGGCCGCCCCCGCCCUCCAAACCUUGCAUACCACGGGAGAGCUGCCCGUCGUCUCCUCAUUCAUCACGCGCUCGAACUGCAGCCUGCAAUGCCUCACCAUCAAAGCGCUCCCCGCCACCCCGGAGCAAUUCAUCGAAGUGCUCGAGAAGACCCCAUUACUGACCGAGCUGGAUGCGUGGUUGGGCCAGAUACACGACAGCUUCUUCGAACGGCUGGCUGCAACCGCACGUAUCCCAGAGUACACGCUUGUCGAGGACGCCUUCCUCCCCCGCUUGCGCGUUCUCACUCUAGGCGGUGUGCCGUACUUCAGAUUGUCGUCUAUCCCUCCUAUCUUCUCGUUAGGCAACGCCGGCGGGAAUGACGUUGAUUUUGUCUACCGCCCCCUAUCCACCUUCGAGCUCACCCUCUCCUUCUACCUUAAUCCUGCUGACGCACCGCACGCGGGAUACACACACACCUUGAUCGACGAAGAGGUCAAGAAGCGGCUCAAGGAGCUUAUAAAGGGCGGAAAAAAGAUAAGUAUAGCGUCCAAGACGCAACGUACUCUACUGUAG